AUGACAGAAGUGAAAGGAACUCCCAUCAUUAAAGGUUCACGAACAAUGCAAAUAACUGGUUUAUAUAAAGGACGGGCAAUUAUUAUAAAAGACUCUUACAGUGUUAUAAAUAAGAAGCUUAAACUAUUUCCUGCUAUGUUUAACUUACAAACAGGACCGAAAGAAGUAUUUCCAUAUAACUACUACAGCAGUGUUUUGUUAGCAAAUGACAACAGAACUGGUGUCAUUUCUGAAGCAUGUAAGUUUAUCCGGGAUGCAGAUACAUUUAUGAAAAACAUAGAUUCCAUCAAAGGUUGCAGAAUAGAUGAGAACCACUUCGACUUAGAAAAAUAUAGCACGUUUUACUGCAAACAAGAUGUAAGAAUUUUAAGAGAAGGUUUUGUAAAGUUCCGCAAUGACUUAUUGAAAGAGUUUGAUUUAAACGUUUAUGACUACGUUAGUAUUUGUUCAAUUGCUAACAAAUUGUUUGAGAACAGAGUAUACUUCCCGAAUGGAAAUCUUUAUGACCUCUCAAAUAAACCAAGAGAAUUUAUUUCGAGAUGCAUUCAAGGUGGAAGAUGUAUGUUGUCAGAUAACAUGAAACAAAAGAGCAAAAAGAAACUCAUUGCUGACUUCGACACUGUUUCAUUAUAUCCUUCAGCUAUAGCAAGACUUUAUACUUUAGAAGGUAUUCCAAAAGUAUUGAAGGAAGAAAUGUUAAACACAGAGUAUCUCAUGAGACAUUUAUUCGAUGAUGACCAAAAGGAACCCAUUGGUGAAAAGUUUAUGUCUGGCUUCUUUGUUCUCAUUAAGAUAACAGAGAUUGGUAUACCCAGACACUUUCAUUUAAUAG